GCAAGAUUUUCAGGGCAUCCACAUGUGGUCCUUUGAUGGGCCUCCCGACAGCUAUGGCCACUGGGAUCACGAGACUGCCAGACCAGCGGAACGAGCGAUCCUGGGCAUGAACACGCACGGAGUACUCAGACCGGUCAUCGCGCAGCUCAAGAAAGCAGCGAUGCUGGAUACGGAGCAGCAGGUCACAGACCUCCUGAGUGCAGAUUUCUUAGAAGGCUUGCAAGCCUUUACUUUGGUGCUGGAGCUGGUGGGUUGGCAUGUGAAUGAUCUGCUCACGACGGAUUUAGAGAAGCUGCGUCGCUCCAUGGCGAAGUACGGCAAGGCGAGCUACCGGGAAUGGCUUCAGAACGAGAUCCCUGUUCACGCUGAAAGCGGCUACAAGGAGUACGCGGACGAAUCGGCAGCCAUGGCAAACCUGUGGGUGGCCAGGAAUCUGCGCUUCUUUGCAGAGAUGUUCGGCCUUCUGGCAGAUGGCCACGAGACAUCGGACGCUGUGCACGUGGCGUAUUCCAGGACGCUACAGGAUCACCAUGGCUUCAUACAGCGCCAGGCCGGACAAGCCAAAGCUGCAAGUUUCGAUCGUGUCUAUUUUGGGGUGCAGGCGUUUUUCCUGGUCAUGGCACAGAUCCCCGACGGAGCGAAAUUACUCAAGGUUCUCGAAGGUGAAGUUCUGAUCGGCACCGAGAAAGUGGUACAGGAGUUGCUCGAGCUCUCAGAUGUUGGGACCCGUAUCUCCGACUAUUUGUUCCGGAUGGACAGGGACAUCGUGAUGGAGAACGAGAAGCGCCAGGAGCAGUUUGAGGUUGAUGCAGCGUAUGGCAGGGCAUAG